UUACCAAAUAGUCUCACAACACUCACAUUCGGAAAUAAAUUUGACCAAGUAGUUCCACUUGGCACAUUACCAAAUAGUCUCACAACACUCACAUUUGGUGAUAAUUUUAACCAAGAAGUUCUACCGGGCUCAUUACCAGACAGUCUCACAAAGCUCACAUUCGGUCGUGGUUUUACCCAUGUGUUUCAAUCCGGCACAUUACCAAAUAAUCUUACAACACUCACAUUCGGCUCUAGAUUUAAUGAUGUAGUUCUACCCGGAAUAUUACCAAAUAAUAUCACAACACUCACAUUCAGUGAUUGUUUUAACCAAGUAAUUCUACCUGACUCAUUUCCAAACAGUCUUACAACGCUCACAUUCGGUUAUUGUUUUAACCAAGUAGUUCAACCCGGAACAUUACCAAAUAAUCUCACAUCACUCACAUUUGGUCAUUAUUUUAAACAAGUAGUUCUACCAGGCUCAUUACCAAAUAGUCUCACAACACUCACAUUCGGAACUAAAUUUAACCAGGUAGUUCUACCUGGCUCAUUACCAAAUAGUCUCACAACACUCACAUUCGGUUAUGAUUUUAACCAAGUUAUUCUACCUGACACAUUACCAAAUAGUCUCACAACACUCACAUUCGGUUAUGAUUUUAACCAAGUAAUUCUACCGGGCACAUUACCAAAUAGUCUCACAACACUCACAUUCGGAACUAAAUUUAACCAAGUAGUUCUACCUGGCACAUUACCAAAUAGUCUCACAACACUCACAUUCGGAACUAAAUUUAACCAGGUAGUUCUACCUGACACAUUACCAAAUAGUCUCACAUCACUCACAUUCGGUGAUAAUUUUAACCAAGUAGUUCCACCGGGCAUAUUACCAAAUAUUCUUAGAACACUCACAUUCGGUUAUGAUUUUAACCAAGUAGUUUCACCGGGUUCAUUACCAAAUAAUCUCACAACACUCACAUUCGGUAAUGAUUUUAACCAAGUAGUUCUACCUGGCACAUUAGCAAAUAAUCUCACAACACUCACAUUCGGUCAUCGUUUUAACCAAGUGGUUCUACCUGACACAUUAACAAAUAGUCUCACAACACUCACAUUCGGUGAUGAUUUUAACCAAGAAAUUCUGCCCAGCUCAUUACCAAAUAGUCUUAAAACACUCACAUUCGGUCGUGAUUUUAAUCAAGAAGCUCCACCCGGUUUAUUAACAAAUAAUAUUUCAAGGCUCAUAUUUGGUGAUAAUAUUAACCAAUUGUAA